AUGAUAAUGAUGAUAAUAAUAAUAAUAAUAAUAAUAAUUUUAUAAAGGAAAUGUAUAUUAUGUACGUAAAGUGUGUGCAUAGAUAGUGCAUCAAUGUGAAUUGAUGUGAAUAUAGCUGUAUGUGUCAUUUAGUGGAUUAUGAUGGUAAGAGUGCUUUCUUCAUGAUGAAUAUGUCUGUGGAAACACCUGUUCCACCCAAAACUAGCUGGAAACCUGGUAGGGUUAAAGUAGUCAGAGCAUUGUACAAAUAUACCGCACAACAAGCGGAUGAAUUAUCCUUCGAUGAAGGGGACGUACUUUAUGUUUAUGAGAAAGAUGUAGACAGUAAUUGGUGGAAAGCUAAAUGUGGAAGCCGUGAAGGACUCAUACCUGUUAAUUAUGUCGAAGAACAAAUGCAAGAGAUUUUACUGCCAUUACACGAAGCUGCCAGACGAGGAAACAUAUCAUUUUUAAAAGAACAUCUGAAACAAGGAGUAUCAGGAACUGGUUUAGAUGCAGCAGGAAAUACCCCAUUGUAUUGGGCUGCUUCUACAGGUCACAUCGAUUGCGUUAAAGAAUUACUAUCUUUACCGAAUUCCGCGAUCAAUGCUCAAAAUAAAAUGGGAGAAACACCGUUACAUAUCUCAGCAAGUCAUGGACAUUUAAACAUUGUAAGUUUAUUACUUAAAAAUGGUGCAAAUCCAUUUAUUAAAAAUAAUGAUAAUCUCACUGCCAAAGAUUUGUCUUCGGACAUGGCGAUUAAGAAUGCAAUACAAUUAAAUCAAUUGCAACCUGAUAUAAAAUGUGGAUAUACGGAUGACGAUUAUAACGAUGGAAGCGAUUCAGAAUAAUUUUGUAUUUAAAAUUUAUAAAGGUUUAUAGAAAUUUAAACAAAAAAUCUAAUUAAAAUUUUAAA